GCAAUAUGGCCACGUGUUGAGAAAGUGCGGUGUUUACGUGACGACGAGGCGCCCGAUUUACGUUUGUGCGCCUCGUUGACGUCGCGAUUAGGAUCGUCGAUCCGAUGAUUCACGUCGCGAGGUAUCGCCGCUUAAUCGCCAUGUAUCCGUAGCAGUGAUCUGUCGACGUGCUCGGACGUGUGUGCGCGUUAAAUCGCGGUAAGCAUGGCGGCGGGCGCGGAUGAGCCCCAGAUCGUCAGGUGCGCCUACGGUUGUCAGGAUACCACCUGCUGCGUCAUCACCGGCAAUGUCGAUGGACGCGGAGACGAUGGGAGUCGUUCCAUACGGACUUACCGGCCACACGGCAACCUCGCCAGGGUGCUCUACGACAAACGGAAGGCGGACGAGUGGCUGGCGGCGUACGACAAGCGUAGGUGGUACAGAGUGGACAAAAGCAAGAUCAGAGAAGAUUUGCUGGAUCUGUGGGUCCCACUCGGCACCGGUCCCAAUGCCGACCAGCCCGACAAAGCCGCCGAAAUUUUCCUCGUGAGAUCCGCGGAGAGAUCCGACUCGUUGCCUUUACAAGCUUGGCACUCGUUAGCCCGGUCGGCGUUAUCCUGGUUCAUCAGUCGAACGUCCAUAAACGGACUGCUCGGCCGCGGCUCUAUGCACGUGUUCUCCAGCGAGCAAUUUCAAAAGCUAAUGGACGCAAGCGGCUUCACGGGCCCCUGGCAUUCCUUAGUGGACCUCGGGGCAGGUGAUGGCGCAACCACCGCCCACGUGGCGCAUCUCUUCGAGAAGGUGUACGCCACGGAUAUCUCACCCCCCAUGAGAUGGGCUCUGGCGAAGAGGAAAUUCACAGUACUCGAUGUGGAGAGAUGGCACCAGGAAGCCGGCCCCUUUAAUAUCAUUCUCUGCCUGAAUCUUCUCGAUCGUUGCGACCGUCCAAACACCCUGCUGAGGUUACUGAGAACCUCGCUGGCUCCUGGCGGCAGGCUGGUUGUCGCUCUGGUGUUACCGUUCAGUCCCUAUGUCGAGGUCGGCGAGAGGGGUAAUCACAAACCGUCGGAGUAUCUGCCGGUGCGAGGAAACGGACUCGAGACUCAAAUAGCCGGACUGAUCGACCGGGUUUUCGCUCCGGUGGGUCUGCGAUGCCUUGUCUGGAGCAAAUUGCCGUAUCUCUGCGAAGGUGAUUUGGGACAGUCGUACUACUUUCUAGACGAUGUGAUCUUCAUACUGGAGGCGCAGCCAGUUAAUACACGAUCCUGCGAAUUCGUCGCGAUAGACGACGGUGUUUCGUUGCGAAGAAACUUUUAGGGUUUGAAGCCUAACGGGCUAUGUACGGCGCGAAGAAAAAGGACGUAAUCGGGAAGAAGGGGGGGUUUAAAUGGAGAUUAGAGGACAAAAGAGAGUGAUACGAGACGAUCCUUUCACACUUGUAAAAACUUUAAUAAUUGCUGUCAUGAGUUAGAAUUAUGCGAGAAUACAGAAGAGCAAUACUGGCAAGCGACGACGAGCUUAAUGUGCAGACACAGCGGUUAGCGUUUGGUGUACGAAUAUCGAUUGGCGAUCCGAGUUUAAAAAGGGAACAACGGAUCGACAUAACGGUGCGCAUUUUACAAUCUUUUAUCAUCUUACUGUUGAAUUCGGUGCGGAAACGUGUACACGGUUUUCUAUGGUAUAGAUAAUAACGAGCGCGAGAAUAACGAGAUCCGGAAACGAAAUCUGUAUUUCUUCUUCUUAUGCCUUUUUCCUCAUGUGCUCGACUCCGUUCGAGAACGUCCUUCUAGAAUCCAAGUCUUUGUGAUAUGUCUCGCUAAUUAUUUAUAAUGAUGAAUGAUUAAAUAUUCUCAAAAAAGAAUGUUAAAGAGACUCUAUGUAUGUGUGGGUGUAUGUAGCGUCAGUCGCAGUGACACUGCAGCGAUAAAGUUGAUCUUUAUAAAACGGGUAACACGAAAAACGAAUCUUUUUAGACUAAUAAUAAUUUAAUUUAGAAACGUAAAAUGGCGAUGUUAUUAAAGCUCAAAGUCUAGAGCGAAUGUAAUGGGGAGAGUAAAACUGUCUUACUGCAGUUUUGCGACUUUUGCUUUCAAAAAAUAGACUCCUCAUCACAUAUUUUGAGCAAUUGUACGAUUGUGUUCAAAUAAUUAAUAGGCGAAGAUGGACUAUAGAUUUAUCUCGAACGCAGCCCCCGAUGUCUCACGAAAUUCUAUUUUGCAUGUCAGAUCAACUCUUCUUCUCUCUCGUCAGACUCUGUUUCCGCGCUCCCUUUUCUCCGUUUGGCAUAAGUUGCAGCGACUUAGUCAUGGAUAUGCUUAAUUGUGCGUCGGUUAUAUGACCGACCAAUUGCGAGACAAACGAUGAUACGUUUGCAUUUCUUUUUUUACGUAAUAAUAACUACUAUAAGAAAAAAAAAAAAAAUAAGUCCAUCUAGUUAUUGGAAAUACACUUUGGUGUACAACAAGUUAUCGUCGAAUUAUGAACCAUAUUGCAGCAGCCUCUUUAUCAAUAUAUAUAUAUACGUAUAUAUAUGUCAACAAAAACGCAGUCUAUAGAAGCCGGAUCUGCGUUCGUUUAAACAAUCACUAUACUUAAAAAACAAAUAAAAAAAACUGCUAUU